AAUGCAGUCUACAUUAUUAAAAUUAAAGUGAGAAGUGAGAAAAGGGAAUCCGCCCACAUUCUCUGAGGCUUUAAAUACAUAAGUGAUGCGUGCAGUCUGAAUUUUAUUACGGCCUCAAGAUAUGAAACACUGCUCUGAAUAAACAGGAAAGCAGAUACACUCUGGUUUAAAAUAUGGGUAUGUAUAAAGGAGAAACGAUGUGUUUAUCGCUGCGUCUCUGCUUAAGAUUGAUUUUGUUUUUUAGUAUGUCUAGUGUCGGUACUGCUCUUAUCAGGAAGCACUGCAUGACUUUUGGUGAGCAUCUGCUCAGGGACAUUGGUACUAUGUGCUCUUAUCGGCCUGGGCUUGGUCCCUAUGCAGAAUGCAAAAACAUAGAUUUCCAAAAAGAUCUCUUGGAGGUUGAGACAGGAAUCCGAUCUCUUUGCAUUUACAGCAAUGCUACAGUCAUUCCAACCGCCGCUUUCUCUCAUCUUGCAACCUUGGAGUAUUUGCAAAUUCAUGGAUCUAAUCUCAGAACGCUUCAGUCUGGUGCCUUUUCUGGUCUUUUUAAUCUUAAGUAUCUGCUUGUUUAUUUCAGCGUCUCUGAUUGCACCAAUGUUGUCCUGGACCCCAAUGUGUUUGCAGGAUUGGAUAACCUAGAGGAGCUACUCUUAAAACAAUUUCAGUUGUCUAACAUUCCCAAUACCACAUUUGAGCACCUGGUCAGUUUACGUAAGCUGUCUCUGCAAACCGUGUGUGUGCAAGAACUUGGUGAUGUCUUGUACAAGAUUCCAAAUGAAAUGACUCACUUGAAAUACCUCCAGGUGUUGGACAGCGGCAUCACUUCGAUCAGAAACCGAGGCUGUUCGUCAUGGCCUUCAGCUGUGCUUGCAGGAAUACAGGUUAUAGAUCUUGGCCAGAACUCUAUUGAAAUAAUUGAGGCUAGCUCUUUAAGAUUUUUUCAGAAUCUUUCAAGUUUCUUUAUAGAUUUUCACGGCAAAUCCUUGCGAGAAAUUUGGGAAUCUGGACUUGGAAAUCUGAGCAGCAUUGUGGUGUCUGGAGACAUAAUACAAAGAUCUUCUACGAACUGCAAAGACGUGUGCCAGCUGGUUUCUAACUUGAAUCUCCACUCUGUGGAGCUAUCCUAUAUAAUCUUAGAUUCACUAACAAUGGAAGAUUUAGAAGAUUGUGGGACAGAACUUUCAGUGUUUGGAAUAUAUCAUUCAAAAGUCCAGCAUCUAGAGCCAACAUUCUGGAGAACCAUAGCAGAAAUACAGACAAUCAAUUUGUUCAGCAUAGCAUUGACCAACGCCUCAUUCUGUGCUAAUGCCAAUGGAACUGUUUGGAAUGUAACUACUAUGAGUCUAGUAAAGAACCAGCUAACAAGAGUCAAAACACACCAGUUUGUUUGCGCCCCUCUACUCGAGCAACUUCUGCUUAGUGAAAAUGCGAUUACAACUCUAGAACCUGAAGCCUUCGCUGGUCUGAGUCAUCUUAAGAUUCUCAAACUUGACUCGAACAAGAUCAACCUUCUUGCUGCUGAUGACUUCAAGUUUCUUCGAUCUCUAGAGGUCCUGCUUAUUGAUAAAAAUGUGAUUCAGGAAAUUAAGCAUGGGGCAUUUAGAAACCAGCGAAAUCUGCGUGAACUUGCAUUUGGAAAGUUGGACUAUGUCUAUACAUUAAAUGUCAACUUCCUGUUUUACGGUUUUCCAAGGGACCUUCAGCGUCUCAGCAUUGAUGCAGAUGUCGGAACUACUCUUUAUUUUGGAGAAAUCGGAAGACCCAAUGGAAACGUCACAUUUGAAUUGAAUGGAGUUGAGCUCAAAAUUGCAGAACCUAAUGCUCCAUUUUUGCAAUCUGUCCGAGAGCUUAAGCUGUCUGGACGUACGUUUUUUUGGAAGAACUACUUUUUUGUUCCUUAUUUUUCACAAUUAGAAUCUUUAGAGUUUACAGCUGAUCCUGAACAGAUAUUUCUCAAUUACACAGGAAUCAACAAUUUGCAUUAUCUCAAGCGUCUCAAACUCAUCAACCUUAAUUUCUCAAACUACACCAAUGCUGGCAUGACGUUCUGGAACCUAAAACAGCUACAGAUCCUUGUACUUUAUAACUGCCAUCUGAAUUUCCUGACUAAGAUAAUGUUCAGAGAUCUGCACUCGUUGGAACUAUUGUAUCUCGGCAGCAUAAAGCCACUGAUCUUACAGGAUGGGAUGUUUGAUGCAUUGCCUUAUUUGAGAGCUGUGGUGCUCCACGAAGUGGACUUUCGAUGUAACUGUGAGGCCAACUGGUUCCUCGAAUGGGCACAGAACACACGAGUACAGGUGAUCAAUCUGCAGCGACAGCUAUGUGUCUGGCAUUACCAGAAGCUAAAUUUAUUGUCCACCAUGGAAAAGUUGUGUCAGACAGAUGUGCAGUACCUGUGCUAUCUGGGCAUGGUCAACAUCAUAAGUCUGCUGCUGCUAAGUGCCGUUAGUUAUCGCUUUGCUUACUGGCCUUGUGUGGUCUUAAUCUUCCGACUCAGAGGACAUAUAGAGAGGAAGUUUGGUAAAGGUUGGUGGAGAAGAACACAAAGACAUAGAGGGGAUGAAGUAGAAGCUGAAGAAGACAUGAAAUACGAUGCAUUUGUGUCAUUUAGUAGUCGUGAUGAAGCUUGGGUCUUGGAGGAGUUGGCUCCAAGGCUGGAGGAACAAGGCCACCCUAGGCUGCGACUCUGCUUGCACCACAGAGACUUCGAGGUGGGCAAGGGAAUUGUCGAUAACAUCGCAGAGAGUAUCUACAGCAGUCGGCGUACGGUGUGUGUGCUUAGUCGUCAGUACCUGAGAAGUAACUGGUGCAGCCUGGAGAUGCGAGUUGCAACAUACCGACUGCUGGAAGAACAGAAACAUCGGCUCAUCCUCAUCUUCCUCGAGCACAUCUCUCCAUUCGAGCUCAGCACCUUUCACCGGUUGGCGAAGCUUGUUAAAUCACGCACGUACCUGGACUGGCCAACAGAUGAGGGGGAAAGGAUACAAUUUUGGGAACGUCUAAGAAGAAACAUUGCGGAAGGAGACAUGGUGAGGCAGUCACACAGACGUUUAUCUGGUGUUUUACAUACAUUCAGUAGAAUGUCUGCUAGCAUUUUAGCACUUCCCUUGCUGAAAGUCAAUACAAAGUUUACAACACAGCGAUAAAAAUGGUAAGAAUGUACAGUAUAUCAAAGUAAAAUAUUUUUCACAAAUGACAAUAAAAAGUCAUUAUAUUGUUUAAGCCACUGCUUAUUUCUUCAUAUUUUGCUUGCAAAGAACCAGAAUUAUUUGUAAUUAUAAAGUGGUCUUGAGGAAUAGUUUUUCAGACUUCCGGAAGGCAAGUUUCUGGUUCUCAUUUUUUAGUUCAGUCCCAGUUUUAGAGAAAAGUAUGAAUCAUCCAAACCAUCUAACUUAAGGCAUGAACCAGUGAGAAACAGGUGCAGAUGAUGACAGAUGAUCAGGCUGGUAAUUAGUAUACUGGUGAUGCUGAACGCUGAGUGGUUGGAACAGAUGAGAGGGGAAAUGAGGUUGUCACGUGAACAACUAAUUUUUAAAUUGACCAGUUAGAUAUAUAAUCAGGAAUAAUGUAACCUA